AAAUGCAUAUCAGAAAGCAUAUAAAAUCAAGAGGCAGAUAGGAAGUCCCUUCAGUUCCUUAUUGUUUGUAAUCUGACAAGGCUUUAGUUUAGCCACAAUAAAUUUGUCAUGAAAAUUGAAGACAGGCACGGGGAAGACGGAAAUUCAAGUGAUAUGAACAGUUUCAGUAUUUCAGACAAGAUUGGGUUUGCCUCAGCUGCUACCACAACCUUCCAGAUAAGUGAGCCUCGGAAACAAAGGAAACCAUCCACAUGCUGUGCUCAGGCGGCUCUCGGCACCUACCUGCUGCUGUUGACAGCUGUCCAGGCGCUGCUGGCCUACAAAGUGUUUAAGAUGCAGAGAGAGAUAUUGAAACUUCAGGAACAAAAUACCUCCUAUACAGAAGAGAUUCUGGAAAGCUCCUUUGCCAGCAAACUGCUUUCAGAGAGAAACUUUAUAGAGAAGCCCAUGGGACAUGAAGAAAACUGGAGGAGAAGCUUAGAAAAGGAAGUCACCAUAAUUAAAAGCAGCAAUGCAAACCUGAUGAUGAUGAUGAGAAACAUCACCCUAGUUGCAGGGCCUCCUGGACGCAAAGGAGAUCCUGGUCCACCAGGGCUACGUGGGCCACCAGGGACAAAGGGAGACCAAGGAAUCCAAGGCUUACAUGGACUGAAGGGUGCAAAAGGGAGUAAAGGAGAUCCUGGUCCUGUCGGCCCAAAUGGUGAACCAGGUGUGAGAGGAGAAAAAGGAGAAAUGGGGCUUACAGGUCUCCAAGGACCAAAAGGUGAAAUGGGCAAGAAGGGAGACCCCGGGCCCCAUGGACCCAUGGGUCCUCAGGGGCAGCAGGGAGUCCCAGGACUGCCGGGUUUCAAUGGUAGCAUGGGGGAGCCCGGACAUCCUGGUCAGAAAGGAGAGGCAGGUGCAACUGGAUUACCUGGACUUGCAGGAAUUCCUGGCCAAGAAGGCAGACCUGGUCAGAAAGGGGAGAAGGGGGACCACGGUACCAGUGGGAGUCCAGGAACACCAGGCAUUGCAGGACUCAAAGGUGAAAAGGGAGACAGUGGAGUAACAGGUCCUCCGGGGCAAAAGGGAGCAAAGGGAGACCAAGGCUUGGCAGGCAUUCCAGGCCUAACUGGUCAAAAAGGAAGCAAGGGUGAUUAUGGCAGUCCGGGUCCAAAAGGAAAUCCAGGAGUCAAAGGAGACAAGGGAGACCGUGGAUACUCUGGUUCCCCAGGAACGAAAGGGAGCAAAGGUGAAAAGGGAGAAGGCAGCUUCCAUAAUUUGGUACGAAUCGUGGGCAGCAGCAGGAGGGGCCGCGUGGAAAUCUUUUACCAAGGGUCCUGGGGAACAAUAUGUGAUGAUGGCUGGAGCACCCAAGAUGCCACUGUUGUCUGCCGAAUGCUGGGAUACAGCCGUGCCACCUCUGCAUUUACAGCCACAGCAGGCACUGGACCAAUUUGGCUUGAUGAUGUGAAUUGCAGCGGGAGCGAAAGUUCAAUUUUCGACUGUUCGAAGUCCAACUGGGGUGUGCACAACUGCAACCACAACGAGGACGCUGGGCUGGAGUGCAGUUGAUGGGACCCAGAGGCUGCCCUGGGAGCUGCUGCUUGCCUCUCCUCGCUAUGGGGCUCUUAUUCAUAAUGCAAACCUAAUUUUGUAAGGCUGUGCUUAUAGUCUCUUUACCAGGUCAGAAAAAUAUUGACUAAGAAAUUUGAAUUUUCUGUAAACUGAUAAUGGUUGCAAGACCCACAGGUAACCUGAAACAUUCCAAUUGCCACAAAACAACUGGAGCUCAGGCACGUGAGCCAGUUCACAGCUUUUCCAGCUACCUGACAUCAGCUCAUCUGCAGAAGCUAUUUAUGACCUCCAGGUCCACAGGAGAGGAGAGAUGGUCCCCUUUAGUUUAGUGCAGUAAGAGAGAGCUGAAUAAACAUGCAGAAUUGAGCAGUUACUGCAGCUGAGCAUGUUUGUUACAGUUAUGAAUCUGAAGCUAAAAACCCCAGAGAAGUGCAUACACCCAAGAUAGGAGAUGCUCAGAAAUCAUCAGAUGAUCUCUCUGGCAUUGAAAUAUAAAUGUUCUCCAGAAAUGAUGCUGAUGACAGGUUAAAAUGCCUGGGAUCUAGGUGCUACACUAUCCUGGUUUAGCACAGACCUUGUUUUUGACCUUGGCCAAGUCCCCUGCCUUCUCUGUCAGUGUUUCCUAACCUGUCCCUGGGAGCAAUACCACUUACCUUAUCUGGUGUAUAAAGCUAAGCGUUUUCACACCUUUAGAAAACAGAUGUUCUAGUAAAGCAAAAGUAUAAUUAAUAAAAGCAACAAUGUGGAAGUAUUAUCUAAUUAAACUUCCAUAGUGAAAAUACAGACCCUGAACCAAAGGUUUCUACCUUAACUGACAGUUUUAUAUGUGUCUGAGAUAAUAACUGAAAAGCUUCACUUUCUUAAGGCCUAAGUCUUCCCCUUUUCCACCAGCCCUAGGCAUUCACCAGGUGACAAGCAGCCUGUGUACAGGUAGCUGGGCACAUCGCAACAACCUGCUUGUGGACAUUUUAUUUAAAAUGUCAGAAAUAUGCAUAAGCAACCCCCACAUCCCUGCCUUAAUGUUAGUAAUAAUUACUUUUGUCUACACAGCUUUGAGAUUUGUUUUUAGUGCUCAUAAAUCCAGAUAUAAGUGGAAAGCCAGAGCAGUUCUGGUAAGAGCAGCAGGUGAUAGGGCAUCCAGGGCCAAUGGGAGUGAGAAGACCUGGUGCAGCACAGGGUGUGACAGUGCAGUCUGCAACCAAGAUCAUCACUGUCUUGAACCAGAGGAAAUGUUUAGUUUGGGGUCUCAGGCCUCAGGAAAGAAGUCUGAAAAAUCCCAAGAGUUUUUUAGUAUCAACUCUGAUGCCUUUGACAGCAGGAAAACGAAAAGAGUCACUUACCGUUCCUGGUUCUGGUUUAGAGGAGGCAAGGAGCAUCUGCCACAAACCACGGGUAAAACCUGAUGAAUGGCAAACAUUUCAGAGCUGGUGGAAACAGACAGCGGCUCAUCUGCAUGAGAAGAGACAAAAGUUUUUGAUUCUGCUAAGGAACCCCACCAGCAGAAACAGCAUCCUGAGUACCAGCAGCUGGGCUUAUACUGCUUUCUGUAGGGCUCCCAUGGACUAUGCUGAGCCUGCACGGCUUUCCUUCAUCUUUUUGUGUGUGCGCAUGUGUGGUAGUAUGUAAACAAAGCAUUGCCACUGUUAGGAAAUAAAAGAUUUACAAGCUGUA